CCUGUUUUCUUCCUUUCUUUGCCAAGAUGGCGGUCCAUGAUGUGAUGGAAGUCGGCUAACCUGUGUGUUGAUGGCAUUCUCUGCAAAUUCGGUGGUUAGACAGCAAUUUCGAGGAAAGAGUCUGGUGUAUAACUAGUUAAAGGUUCCUGCAGCGGGCUUCCUAUCAGAAGAAGCCAUGUCACGUCACAGAAACAUCCGAUCUAUGAACGUCCACGAUGAAUAUGAAGGGUAUGAUGAUGUGUAUGGUCACUCGGUAGAGGACGAUUAUGGGGUUUCUCCAGCAACAGAGGCCCAGUUCAUGUACCGGAGGAGUGAAGCCCCUCGCCUCUCUUCCUUCAUUGAGGAGUCAAAGAAAGAGUCUAUAGAAGAGGAGGAAGAGUAUGACUACGAUGAUCAUGAAGACCAUGAUCACUCCCUGUCUGACUCGCAAACCUUCCAAUGGCCUCGCCUCAGUGAUCAGAACGAAGCACGGUUACGAUCAUGUCUGGAAGAGAUCCAAAACGUGAUUGGUGACAGCGUACCUCAGCAUGUUCUAGUGGACACAGUCAUGAGGUGUGACUAUGACCUGGAGAAGGCACUGGAUGCUGUGCUGUCCAUACAGGACAAACCGAAGGAAGCCAGACCAAUGCCCACAGCUGCUGCACCUCCUAGGACACAAGAACACACAUCUGUUGACUUGGCUAGCCCUUCUGGGUUGUUAAGACUGGGACACACAACUGUUGUAGAAGUCCCAACCUCAAAAUCACUGUGCAGUACAGCAAUGCCACCUAGUGAUAUACCUCCAUUACGGCAGUCCACUUUGUCAAAUCUCUUUCCUCCUACAUCCAAACUUCCUACUAUGGGAGACAAUCUUUUAAAGAACAAAAAUACAGGCAGUAGUCCACUAAUGAGCUUAUCACAGCUUGCUGGUGUACAUCUGGGCAGUGCUGAGACUGCAAAAAACAUGUCACCAGUGGAGUCAUCAGGUGUUGGCCAUUCUCUUGGCAAGCUUAAUCUGAAUGUUUCUUCUUCCAAACCUCUAUCACACAAGAUAGGAAGUAAAAAUGUUAGUGUAGAUACAGUUGGACAUAGUCAAGAAAGUAACAGUUCUACAAUGAGCUUGUCAGAACUUGCCAACCUACAUCUAAGUGGUGAUGAGAAAAUGAGUACUUCUCCAUUCGGGUCCACUACAGGAACUCUUGGUGGGAAAAUUAUUCUUACUCAGGGAGGAAGCAUAGAAAGUAGUGACAUUCCCUCUUUGGGGGCUCAGAGUAGUCUCGGUCAAGUGCACCAAACAUCUGCAAAGACAAUGACUGACACAAACACCAUAAGUAGUCUAAGUUCACUGUCAUCUUUCGCAGUGAGUGACAAAGACACUGCCUCCGAUGACAGAAGCUUGAAAAUAGCUGCACAUGGCACAUCAGGUUUUUCUACCACAGACAGAAGCCAACAUGGGAUUUCAGUUGGUAAGACAGAGUCCUCAGGAGUUCUCUCAAGUUCACCAGGCCUUCUUUCAACCCCGUUGUCACAGCUAAGUAGCAGCCCCCUAGGAUUGGGUGUGGGGUUAUUGUCAAGGAGCACCUGUGGGUCUCAGAGCAAUUCCUUACCAACAGGAGCUAGCCCACCACAUCCUGUUUCAAAUAUUUCCCACUUAAGUGGCAGCCCUCAGAGCACUUUGUCCAGUUUGUCUGGUGUCAGUCAACUGUCGGGUUCAAACCAAGCAAGAAACUCAUCAUUGUUUGGGAUGGGACAAAAUGCAGGUCCUGUGAAACUUGGUGGUGGGUUGUCUUCAUCUCAAGCACAAAGUGGUUUGCCGUUGACAAUGCUGGGCAGUACUAGUAGUGGUAAGCUAGGUACAGUGAGUCUGUCCGACUAUCAACUGUUAGGUCAGGGCUUCAGUGGCGGUAGUUUGGAUGAUCUUGGUCCUUUGGGAUCACAGACUAGUAAGACAAAUGUUGUAGAUAAGAAAACCACCAGCAGUAAUGAAGGGAUUGGAAGCCUCAACAAGUCUGGGCUUGGGAGUAGAAAAGAUACCAGCAUUGAAGGUAACAGGAAAGGGUCAGCUGCUUUGCAGCUCCCCCUGUCAUCCCUGUGCAGUACUGCAGGUGAUCCUUCAUUGACAAGUGGUCUAUUAGGCUCAACAGGUGGCAUGCACAUUGACCUCAGCGCAGCUCUUAGAAAGGAUGAACCAAGGCCUUUACAUCUCUCUAGUAAGACUCAGGCUAAAACAAGCAGUAAAAUUUUACCUGCUGCACAACAUAUGUCCAAAAAAGUUCAGGAGUUUGAAGACAGACCACUCAGUCCAUCUUUUUGGGAACAAAACAUUUUUCUUCCAAAAGAAGCCAUUUCUCGACCCUCUCCAUUCGCACAGGCACUCUGUUGUAAGGAAUGUCGUUACAUACGGGCAGGAAACCACCCCAGGUUUACCUAUCAUCAUCAACGUAAAGGUCAGAGGUCAGUUUCACCAGUACAGGUUGCCCAGAUUGUUCCCUUUGACUUUUCCACGCCCUCCCCAGAUGACGUGGUGAAGAAAAAACAGAAGGCAGCUUUCACACGGCCAAAUGGCGUGGGAUAAAAAGCCAUGGUAUAGGUUGACCACAAGUAAAUUUCAAGUGGGUUAAGUUUUAGAAAAUGGACUUAAUGCAGUACUCUGGUUUAAAAGAAAUUGGGUUAUCAGGAAAAUCAAUGCACAGGAGUGUUCAAUGUGUAAAUCAACUCUUUCCAACAGGAAGCAGUGCAGAUUUGGGUGUAAAAGUUGUCCCACCAGAGGUGUUUUUUUUAUGCCUGUUGAGGAACAAGAGAAUUGUUGAGAUUUUAAAGUUGUAAAUCUGCAUACCACCGGUUUCUAAUAUUGAUAGUUAUACAUCUGUCUCCAAUGAUGUUGAUAACAUUGGGGUGUUACAGUUUUCAUACAAUAUGUUACGAUGUGACAACUACAUUUGCUGUAAAUACUAGUACUAGAAGGUGUGUGUUUUCUAUAUCCAGUUGUGGACCACCUAUUUCUGGAGUUGUGUACAUAUUGUAAGUUAGAGUCUGUAAAGCAAAACUCUUGGUAAAGUCGAGUGCUGUCACCCUCAAUUUUUCUGUUGAAGGCAAGCUGUAUUUGCUUUCUUGUUGCCCACCAUAUCUUGUAAAGUGUCAGUAAAACGAUAAUGAUUUUCAACUUGAAGUUGAAUGAACACCAGAUGUAGAGGAGCAGUGAUGCUUGAAAAAACAUGCAACUACAUUUAGUAGUAAUGUUAAUGUAUACAUUUCAUCAACUUAUACUAACAUGAUUAAGUCUCCAUCUUGAAUCAAUAGUGAAAAAGAUCACAAAGUGUAUUGAAAUUCUUUGUUUUCUAGAAUAAUUGACUAAAUAACACUUUUGCACUGAUUGAAAAGAUUCUCAAGAUCUAUGUCUGAAAACAAGAGUAAGUUAGAAGAUCUAUGACCAAACUCAUUGGCAGCUCUACCAUUAUUAUUGUAUUUUGGCAGUUCAUAUUGUUUGAAGAAUUACUGAAAUUUCCAUAUUUUCAUGUCAUGGAGUAAAAUACAUUUUGAAUACACAUUGGAUCAUCUAAAGAGGGAAAAUCUGCCUUAUAAAUUUUACUGGGACCAUUACUGGAAUAUAUUUUGUGGAACAGGUAUACAUGUAGAUUUUUUUAUACAGAAAAUAUUUUACAACACAAAGAAACUUAACACAAUUCUACUAAUCUAAAUAAAUGAUGACAAAGUAUCUGAUUCUGACAGUCCUGGUUGGAAUGGUCAAUUUAGACUUUUGGCUGCCUUUUAUAUAUUAGACAGCAUGGUACACAUUGUACUACAGUGUAGGUCGAUAUGGCAUUCAGUGUCAUGUGUUACUCUAAGUACUGUAACCACUUAGAAAAUAAAAGAUGCAGAUGCAUGAAGCCCUCCACUGCCACCUGAAAUGUACUGGAACACGAAACGUUUAUGUGGCAAUAUGUGCAAAUAUAUAAGAUAUAAUGGUUGUUGCCAGUCAGUCCUUAAAUGACAUGAGGAAAGUAAAUUUGAAAGUUUUUGUGUUUACAGUCUGUGUGUUUUUGCUGCAGCUUUCCCAUUAUUUUGUAUGGAUAACAAUUGUUAGCCAGUAUGCAAAUUAAACAGGUCAUAACAGUCUGCACAUCCUUUGGACUUAUUUGUUUUCAGUACACAACCUGUAAGUUUUCUUGUUUGAGAGUGCAAUGUUCUGUGGUCCAUGCAGUUGAAAGAACUGACAGUUUUCCUGCAGUUUCUACAUUAAUUUGUAUUUGUGUGUUUUUAUGAAUUCUGUAUUAUACAAGGACUUAAUAAAGUAUUGAUGAGUUUCUACAUGUUGAA